CGUACUGCUGCUGUGUAGCAAACGCUAUUUUCCCACAUCCCACUUAGCUCAGAGAUGAAAGCAUCCUGCGCUUUGGCAGUGGUCUUGGGCCUCUGCAGGGGGCCCACAGCAGUGGUGUCGUUCCUUCCCCCCCCGGCCACGGCGCUUGCCGGUGCAAAGAGCAGUGCUCCGGUAGCGGCCGGGCCGUUGAUUGCUGCUUCAAGCGUUGCUGCGGGGGGCCGUGGCUCUCGCCUGGCUGCGGCCCGGGAGGACUGCAAGAGCUGCAUGGAGGCGGAGCUGUUGGAGGAGGAGAGGAAGGCAGCCGCAAAGGGGGGCGGGGCGGAAGGCGCUGCGACCAGGAGGGCAGCGUUGGAAGAGUAUAACCGGCGGGAAAAAGCUCGCAACACGAAGAUAGCAUUCGGGUCGUUCCUGUCGGCGGUGGGGCUGUUCUUUUUCCAGCAUGCCGCCAUCGCCCCCGCACAGGCGAACCCGGUGGUCCUAUUGCGGGCAAUGGAGACUUCCUCGGCCCCGCUGGCGACCGCCCUCACGAACGGGAAGCCCACGGUGGUAGACUUCUACGCCGACUGGUGCGAGAACUGCAAGGCGAUGGCACCCAGCAUGAGGGAGAUCGAGGAGCAGUUUAAGAACCAGAUCAAUUUUGUGGUGGUGGACGGCAGCGCCGAGAAGAACUACGACUUGGUGGACGCGUUCAGGGUGGACGGUAUCCCUCACUUGGCGAUGGUCAAUGGCAACGGGGAGGUAGAGACGGCCAUUAUCGGAGCGGUACCGAAGGACGUUGUGGUGGACGACAUCAAGGCCUUGUUGGCCGGUCGGCCCUUGCCUUUCAAGGGUUUCGACAUGUUCGAAGGGGAGGACCACAACAUCAAGGGACAGAUCGAGAUCGACGGGUGAAGGCG